AUGCUGGUGCCCAGGCAGGAGAAGGUGCCCAGCUGGGCAGAACUCGACACCCUGGGAUUUGAAUGUACCCUUGAAGAGGUUGAUCCUGAAGAUAUCACUAAGAACCAAACAAACACAAUAAAAGCUUGCACAUCUGAAGGUCUAGAGACUGGGAACUGUCCAGCACUGGAAGGAUCAACUUUUGAUAAGAGGAAAUGCCUGCAGGGCAUCUAUGAGGAUCUGAGUGCCUACAGGGCAGAGCUCAACAACUUCCACGAUCACCAAGUGCUGGCAAGUCUCGAUGAGAUGAUGAAAGCCCUGAAGAGCAGCCGGAAGGUUGCGGAGCCGCGGGCAGGAGCGGGCCCGGAGUCGUUCCCGGAGAGGCUGCGGCUGUGCCGGGUGCUCCAGGCCCUCCGGAUCCGCUCCCUCACCAUCUCCAGGAUGAUGAACUUCCUGAGCUCCCCGGAGAGCUCCCUGUGA